ACUCAAGAUCAGUCUGCGCCACCAAACUAAUACUUAAAUCCAGUAAAUAUUGCCAGGAAGGAGAGGGAGCUUGUUGACGUAUUCUUUGUUACGUCCUAUGACAGGUUAAUAGAUUUUUUUUUCCCAGUUCUUGCCAAUGUUUCCCAGCCCCAGCAGCACGUCCACUCCCUUCUCUGUAAAGGAUAUAUUAAACCUGGAGCAGAGUCAUGACGUUACGGUGUCUUCUCUGGACGUUUCUUCUCGUAUGGACUGCUGCACCGUGCCGACCUCCUCCUCCUCCUGCAUGCUGGCCCGCCUGAAGCAGGAGCCUUUCCGGGACAUGUCGUCCGCCGCCGCCUCGCUGUUUGCAGAAGACCUCCACGACUCCAGAGCCGGCAGAGGCAAUGCACCCAACUUCGCCACUGCCUUUUAUGGGAAAACCCUCAUGGAGAUGGAUAUAGUUAAGGAUGGGGAAUCAGACGCGUUUGAGGCGAAACGUAGAAAAGAGGAGUUCAGUCCUCCGACCGAGGCCGCGGAGGACAUAAAAACCGACGACCCAGACCGAGCCAAGCCCCGGAGACGCAGGAAACCGCGCGUCCUCUUUUCGCAGGCGCAGGUGUACGAGCUGGAGCGCCGCUUCAAGCAGCAACGAUACCUGUCCGCCCCGGAGAGAGACCACCUAGCCGGGGCGCUCAAACUCACCCCGACCCAGGUGAAGAUCUGGUUCCAGAACAGGAGGUACAAGUGCAAGCGGCAGAGGCAGGACCAGAGCCUGGAGAUGGUGUCCCUGCCGCCGCCCAGGAGAGUGUCGGUGCCGGUGCUGGUGCGGGACGGGAAGCCUUGCCUGGCGGGAGACACAGCCACGUACAACCCCUCCUACAGUAUGGGUCACAUCAGCCACUUCUCUUAUAACAACUAUCCAGCCUUCAGUAACUACACCGGCCCCAGCUGCAACACAAACUAUGCGUGUAAUUAUCCUGCAGGCGCAAUGCAAACUAUGCAAGGAUCAUCCAGCAACGGGAAUUACAUGAACUUUGGGGUAGGGGACCUGAAUAAUGUGCAGAACACAUUUUCCUCCAGUAAUGGGGUGUCUUCGUUACAUGGCAUUAGGACAUGGUAAACUAUUAAACACGUGUGUUCCCUAUUCAGUUUAUCGGGAUUAUUUUAUGACUGCAUGCUUUUUUUUUCCAUUGUGCCAAGACUUUGCGGAGUUUGUGUAACUACUCUUAUAUUUAAUUAUUUACUUUUUGUAGUUUUUUGUUUUAGUUAUCAGCACAGUUGAAUGAUCUA